AUGAUCUCACAAUUGAAUGCAAAGUUUCAAAGCAAGGUUGUACCCUGCUUUGGUAAUGAUUUAAAAUAUUUUUAUUCGUUACAUGAUAAACAACUAUUACGAACUCCUAAUAAUGAAAUUUGCGACAAAGGUUUUCAUCCUUGGUUUGCUUACCUAUUAUCUCUUGAAAAUGAUCCACCGGAAAAUGAAACUCAUUACCGUUCAGUUUUGAACGACAUUGGUCCUAAAAACUCUAUAAAUUGUAAUAUAGA